AUGUUAUCUAAUUUACGAGAUUUUUCAUGCGAAAUCCUGCAGCAGACGGGGUUUGAUGUAUUAUCAACUACUAGCGGAUACGAUAAACGACUUACACCUAGACAAGAUGUGAAUGACUGCAUCAGCGAAUGUGAUAAAAGCAGCCAAUGUUGGGGUUUCCGGUAUGACAUCACGGAAGUGACGAAUCCAAAAUGUUUUAUAAUCACGGAAGCACCGAUUAUAAUGGAGAGCACAUGUUGCAAUGUUUAUAUAAAGACGUGUCCUUUGACGUCAAGAGUAACAUCAACAGGAAACAUUCCAAUGUCAAAUUCUAGUUUGAUAGCCACCUCAACACCGGGCGAUAUCUUUACACCCAUGUACCCUUUCAGAUAUGUUGGAAAUUAUGAGCAUACCUUUCUAAUCACAGUUUCUGGAAAUAAGUUAAUCACUUUGCAGAUUUUAACAAUCGAUCUUUGUUGCACCGACAAUAUUGCUAUAUACGACGGUCCGGGACCAGAGAGUCAUUUACUGAUGCUAGUAGAAAAGGAUUCGGAGCCGUCAUAUGUCACUUCAACGGGGAACUACAUGUAUGUGCAUAUGACAUUGUUACAGCACUGGAUCUGCAAGGGAGUUCUUAUGAAAUAUUUUGAAGGUUGUGAUGUGUCCAUCAGUACAGAUUCUGGUCAGAUCAGAUCACCCGGUUUUAGUGUAAACCCAUAUCCUGAUAUAAUGAUAUGUUCCUGGUUAAUCAAUCCACCGUCAGACAAAAGUGUUAGACUGUUCUUUACUGACUUUCAAACUGAGCUAGACAAGGACUUUGUAAAGAUUUUUAAAGGACUGAAUGCCCAAGGAGAGGCUGUACACCAAGGAGCAGGAUAUUCUGGUACCCAACUACCGACAACUCUUACGUCAACUAACGGAUUUUUCAUAACUUUCGAGACGAGUGGGACCAAUAAUUAUCGCGGAUUUCACGCAACUUUUUCUGCAGGGUGUCCAAAGUUGAAUACAGUGUCGUUCGUUCUGGAUCCGGCGUCUGACAGUUUUCACGCUCCAGAUACAGUAGUUGUGAGAUGCGCGGAAGGAUAUUUGUUUGGCGGAGGAUUUAAAGGAGAACCGUCUGUUACUUUAACAUGCCAGGGUGAUGGGACCUGGAACUUGCAUAAUCUUCCUUUCUGCGAACGACAGUACUGCGGACUUGCAAAGGACAUACCAAAUGGUUACAUUGUCACCGCUUCCGGUGUGCAAGGUGGUGACGUUAUACAGUAUGAAUGCAAUGAAGGUUUUACAAUGGAGGGAAACAAACUAGUCACGUGCCUUAGCAACAGUUCGUGGGGUUUUCUACCGCAGUGUACCGCGACGGAAUGUUCGGCUCUGGGAACCAUCGUGGCCAACGCAACACUUACAAAUAUGAAAGGAGAUGGAAUACAGCACGCGUCAGUUGUGAAGGUCACGUGUGACCAAUACUUUGAUCUGAUUGGUCCUGAGACAAUAACAUGCAAUCAGGGUCAGUGGCAGAGCGAACUUCCCCAAUGUCAGCCAAUGCCGUGUGCUUUGACAACAUUCUGGAAUGCGAACGUGAACAUGUCCCAGAGUUUUGUUAUGAACAGUGUCAUCCAAGUGACCUGUAACCCGGGAUACUCAUUGAGUGGUGGCCUUGAAACCGAGGGAUCAUUUAGAUGUGGUGUUGACGAACAGCUUCAAUGUCAGAACAUAGACGAAUGUAAUCUUGGAUUGGACGACUGUGUCAACGCCGAGUGCCAGGAUACUGACGGUUCGUACAUCUGCGCAUGCCUAGCUGGAUAUGUUCCGACAGGGGACAGCUUAACGGCAUGUGAAGACGUGGACGAGUGUACAGCGGAGUUAAACAUUUGUGACCAUGUUUGUACAAACACGGCUGGCUCGUAUCAGUGUAGUUGUGACGAUGGGUACGACUUAUACACGUCUGCUGGCUUUAAUGGUUUCACACUUGGUAAUGGCGAAGAUGGUACCAAACCAUGGCAUAUAUUUCAUAUAGAUCACUCCUGUGUGUUAAAGAAAUGUGAGUCAGAUAAUGUAUUGAAUAUUGCUGGCGGGAAAGCGUUAACAUCGGCAACAUCGUUCUAUUACGGUGAUAAAGUAGAAGUUCUAUGUAACAUUGGUGUGUUUGCUAGUGGGACAAUUAGUUCUAAUAUUACUAUAACCUGUGGAAUUGAUGGCCAGUGGACUCAGCGCCCUGUGUGCGACGAAGUUGCAUAUUGUGAUGAGACGUAUGGAUCAGCGGUCACACCUGCUGGACGUAUACAGUACGAGGAGAAAUACACGUUAACAUGCACGCGACGUAACGGGCGACAACUGGUCCUGCAGCGUUUAUGUGGCUACGACAAAGACACCCGUACAUACAAAACAUAUGGAGACCUCCUUGCUUGUCCUGAGACAGAUUGUGGAGAAGCACCUGUUUACACUGGGGUGAAACCAUUUAUUACACCAAGUACACUAUAUAACAGUACUAUAGUGUUUGAAUGUGAAGGUCAGUUUGUGAGGAGAGGGAACAGUCCUCUAGGAAUAUUCAGUGACAGUCUUGUCAGGUGUAAUGAAAAUGGUGUGUGGGACUUUGGCACUCUUCGUUGCGAAGGAGGCCAGUGCCCCGACCCUGGUUACCCUGUCAACGGUUAUACAACACUGUCAUCAUGGUCACAUGGCGAUGAAAGAGUAUAUAGCGUUGCUAUAGGAACUGUUGCAACUUUCUCGUGCAACACUCCGGGCUAUGAACCUUUGCCCAAUGCUACAGCAACGUGCAUUAAAGUCGGAGAUACUUUGACUGCAUGGGAUAAUCCAUUACCGACCUGCCUAGAUACGAUGCCGCCACAGUUUAUAGACUGCCCGGAAGAUAGUUACGUUGACGCCUACACGUCCGUUUAUUACGCUGAACCAACAGCCACUGACAACACAGCCGUGAAAACAUUAGGGAGAUUUCCGGAGAAUUUUCGGCCCGGUAUGGUGAUGGAUUCAACAUCAACUUUGACUUAUAUAGCAACAGAUUUCAGUGGGAACCAACAAUGGUGCCAGUUUAGAAUUAUCAUUAAUGACAAGACACCACCACAACUAUUUUGCAAUACUCCGACGGUGAUCACACCCAACCAAGGUAACACGCAGGUGAAUACGGAGCUAUUCACCACUACCGACGACCGCUCAGCUACUUUGUUUGCGGCGCCGGCAUAUGUCACGGCAAAUUAUGGUACGAUCGGGACAAAUCCAAUAGUGACAUACACAGCUACCGACCCUUCUAAAAACGUUGCUACAUGCCUAAGCCAAAUGAAAAUUGCAGCACCGCUUUGUGAGCCGGACAUUCUUGAGGUAUAUAAUGGAGAGAUCACGUGUAACCAGACACCACAGUCAGGAUAUACAUGUACAAUCACGUGUAACUCUGGAUAUUAUUUCUUUGAGAACGCGACCCUCUCCUCUGUAAGUGUGUCGUGUGAAUCUGGUGGAGAAUGGAGUAGGGACAUGCCGAUCUGUACAGCACCUGACCUGGCUCAUUACCGUGUGUCGAUCAUGUUCCAGUAUGUACGUUUAACGUUUGUUGACGACAGUUGUGGUAUAUUAUAUGAGAAACAAAUACGUGACGAGUUACUUACCCUGACCAACUCAUUCACAGCAUUAUGCGACAAUGUUUCCUUAACGGCCUUUGAUGUCUCGCCGUCGCCUAUCAACCCCAUAGAAGCCGCAAUGGAUGGCAUAACUGGUGUUUUAAAAGCUAAAAUCGCUGUGGAUUUAGAGCCCGGGGGUCUAUUAGACGACGAAUAUUUCACAUGUGCCCAAAGGAUUUAUCAAGCGUUCUAUGAUGUGUCGUCAUCAGUGACGUCAAUAAGAGCAUUACCCGGAAGUAUCGAUAGUUGUCCACAGGUUCAAAUGGAUACAAGAAGAGCAAGUCUGGUUGGAGCAUACGCAGUGUGUAGCAGCAACGCCAAGGCAUUGAAGUUAGAUACCACGAAACACAUCUGCUUGGCAUGCCCACCAGGAACAUAUGGCACUAAUAGCACGUGCGCUCCGUGCGGAGCUGGUUUUUACAAUGAUGCAUUCUAUGCUUCAAGUUGUAAAUCAUGUCCCUCUGAAACAAACAGCAAGAAAGAGGGGGCAAUGCAGAUAAAAGAUUGUUAUGAGGACUGCGGUAAAUAUCUGUACAGUUCAGAUGGGAAAGGCUCCAUGUACAGACUGCCCACCGGAUACAUACUGGGUUAAUAGUACAUACUGCGAGCCCUGUCCGGGUAAUCAUCAUACAAAAAGAAGAGGUGCGAGAACUAGCCAGGAAU